AUGAUCUUCCUGGCUGGUAUGGGCGGCAACGACCUUGUCGAGUUUGCGACCUGGGAAGGAGACGGCCCAUGCGGUUGGGUCGAUGUUCCCCUGGAAGGCGUGGGUGGGCGCAAUGGAGGCUGGGUACGCGACGAUAUGGUACGGCGCAAACGCCGAUCUAAGAGCGCUCGCCGGCAAACAGAGCAUCAUGGCGAUGACACCCGGAGCGAAGUCUGGGAUACCGCCAACGAGGACGAAAUCGACAGCGAGAAUGAUGACUAUGCAGAUGACCCCGACGACACCUAUGCAGGGAACGUGCUCAAGGCUAUGGUGGUCCAGAUGCGCGUGAUGGAAAACCACCAGAAUGGAAAAGAUACCCACGUCCGCGGCUUCCAGGUUUUCGCGUGCGAUGAUAGUCGCCGGCGUGUGGCAGCUGCGCCGUCUGCGUCGGCGGAUGGCCGUCAUCGUCGUCACAGUGCCCGACAGUCUCUGCGUGGGGGUGUCACGGAGAUGCUUCAUAGUCGGACCGCAAGCGAGGACCUGGAUACCAGCAGACUGAUCUCGACUUCUGGGUUGGAUGAGCCGGAUUGGAUGGGCGAGCCGGUAAUUCGAUGA